GUUUGAUUGGCGGUUUGAAAACGCCGUAGUGGUGGGCGGGCUGAGUUUUGGGUCCUGAUCUGGUGCGGUCCCGGGUUAAUGACGUCACGGUCUUUCGCGGGAGAAAUUCGAAAGUGGAUUUCAUGGACAGGUCAUAUAAAUAAUUGAAUAACCACCAUUAUUUUCUGGACAUGACUGGUUUAUAAUUUCAGAAGAAAUAAUGGAAAGCCAGGAAUUUAUUGUACUGUAUACUCACCAAAAGUUGAAGAAGUCAAAAGUGUGGCAAGAUGGAAUUCUGAAGAUCACUCACUUAGGAAACAAAGCAAUUUUAUAUGAUGACAAAGGACAAUGUUUGGAGAAUAUAUUUCUUAAGUGCCUUAAGGUGAAGCCCGGAGAUGACUUAGAAAGUGAUCGGUACUUAAUCACAGUUGAGGAGGUUAAAGUUGCUGGAAGUAUAGCUAUUAAACAGGAUGUCAUUAAAGAAGCACCAGAGUUAAAUCCAAGGAGAUUUAUAUCCUCUGGCCGGUCCCGUGGAUGUCAGCCUGCUGGUUUAAAAAGGAAGUUUACUGGUUUUCGAGGACCACGUCAAGUGCCAAAGAAAAUGAUUAUUACAGAAAAUGGUGAAUCAGCUGUGUCACUUGAGGCUAAGAAACCUGGCUCUAUUUUUGUUUCUCCCUUCUACAGCACACCUCCUUUGUUUUCUACUGCUGGCAAGAAAGAUAUAAAUAAUAUGCCAACAGACCCCAAGAACAGUGUCACUUACAAGAACAGAGAGACAGAUGGCUUACAUUGUUCUUCCGUUGUGUCUACUCCAUUCUUCAAGAAUGAUUCAGAAAUGCUAUGUGAAGAAAAUUAUUUUUGCUCUCCUGUCUGUUCUGUAAAUAAUUCAGAUUCUGUACUGACCAAUGAGGCCAUAAAAAAAGAUGGUUUGACAUCUCACUGUUUAGGAGUUUCACAAAACAUCAGAAGCAAAGCACAGAUAUUAGCUCUUCUGAAGUCCGUAUCAACUGGUACGUGUAAAGAACUAAAUUCUGGGAUUACGGAACAUCUCCCUCAGAUACAGCUACAAGGAAGUGUAAAUAAUCCUACCAAACCAAAGUGCAUAGUUGAACAAGAAGAGUGUGCAGAGGUGAAGAGCACAGACAGUUUACACCACCAGCAUCAAUCAGAAAAUACCAUGAGAAAUAAAAGCCGAUGGGCCGUGUAUUUAUCCUCACAGAGUUCACCUGUACAUUCUUCUACUGAAGAUGGAAAUAAUACAGAAAGAAAACCCAAGGCCCAGGGAGAUAAUACAAAUUUAAAUUUGAAAGACCUUUUGGUACAAGAAAGGAUACAGUUCUUUGAAACUUGUGCUGAACAGUGUAAAAAGUAUAAUGAAGACAAGCCAGUAGAUGAUAAUGAUCCAUCUUUGGAUCAGGAAGUAAAAUUGGAAAUUCCUUCAUUCUGUAAAAGCAACAGCUUACCAGUCUCCUGUAGCAGUGUGGAGAGUGAGGGUUUAUUAUCAGAAUCUGACAUUCAAAAAAAUAAUAAAAUACCUGUUAGUCAGAAUGACCAGAUGUGUGUAAAAGAAUCAAUUCUCAUGGGAGAAAAUGCUCAGGAGAUAAAUCUCUGUGGAACACCGGAAGAGAAGUAUGACCAGCCAAUGUCAUUCCUGCCUGAAUCUGAGCAGCUGCAAACGGAGUCUUCUACAAGUAACAAUUCUAGGCUCUCGGAUGACUUUACCAACGUGCUGUCUAAAAGCAAUACUGAUAGUGGAGGUCCUGAUAGUAUUCCUCAACCUAUGAGUAAUGUAGCACAGCCGCUUGUGGAGGUGACUUUUAAUCUGAACAAUUUUGAAACCAACGACACUGAGGAGGAAUCACAGGAAAGCAACACAAUUUCCCAGGAUUCAGACGGUUGGGUAAAGGAAGCUUUUACCCAAAAUGACAGCAGUUUAAGUGUUCAAAAGAGAUAUGAAGAUAUACACUGUAAGAAAGUUGGCAGUGAAUAUUUGUCUCAUUUAACAUCUAUUGGGGAUAAACCUACAGAGACAUUUCCUAUUAAAGAGACUCUGCUAUCACAGUUUUGUGAUAAAGCUUGUAUAGGUGUUGACACAGGAGCUUGGAAAGCUGGAAACAUUAGAAAAGAAAUAGAAGAGUAUAAUGACACGUUAAGCAGUUUUGACUCAUCUUUAGAGGAGACUGAUGAUGUAUAUAUAGAGAAUAAUGAAAAUGCUAAUAAAUCUAUUCAAAAAGUCAGAAUUAGCUAUGAUAUUGCUUUACCACAGAAUAAAUCUAAAGGUACAAGCUCGAAUUUACAUAUUCCUUGUUUAAACAUAGCCACUAAUCAGACUCCUGAAAACAGCCCAUUGUCAGAACAGGCCAAGCCUCAGCCUUUUAUUAUGGGAAGUAGCUUAGACAAAAAUGAUGAACAGGUUUUACUGUCAACUGCCAACAGCAACAUCAGUAUCCAACAAUUCAAUGUUAAUCCUAAUCACUCUGAAGAAUGUACUACUCUUGAUAAAUCAAAUAUCCAAGUUUCCAAUUCUUUGUUUUACCCUCUGGGAAAAAAGCAUCCUAUUUCCAAAGACAUAGAAGCGUAUAUUCCUGAAUCUGAAGAUUUGCAAAGGGUUGAAGGAGAAACUGAUGGAGAAAGCAAACAAUAUUGGAAUAGUCCUAGAAAUCCUUCGGAGCUCUCUGGAUUAGUAAAUAACAUUUCCCUUUUAAAAUCAUUAUCUGAACACAGUACAGCUUUAGAAGGCUUGGAAAUACUGAAAAAGAAAAAUACUACCUUUAAACAACAAGGGACUCUGCAGACUUAUGAGCCAGAUAGCAAUCCUGAAGUUAGGAAACCGUUGACUUCAGGAGUUUCACAAGCUUUACCAAAGUUGCCUCAUCUGAACCAGGAUUCUCAACAGUUCUUUUCCAUGGGAGAUGAAGAGACUGCUUUUCUAGAUGUUAUCCCUAAACAAUUAGAGAGAAAAACCUGUGACCCUAAGCCUGUUGAGUUUCAAGGGCACCCAGUGAAAGGAUCAGCUACUAGUGCUGUGAUGGUCAGAGGACACAGCUCACAGCUAGAAUGCGGUCAGUUUCCAGAUAGUAUUGAGUAUGAAAACUGCACGACAGACACUUGUUUAUCGACACCAAAAUCGACUAGUGCUUGUAUGCAGAUUGAUUUCUUGCAGUUCCCAGAUGAAGAAAACUUUCCAAAAGGAGAUAUUAGCUUUAAUAUCGAAGAUAAUUUUCAAGAGAGAGCUGAGUCUAAUAAGGACUCAAUUGAAAAUGACUCUAUUUUAGAUUUCUCUCCUAAAAAUUCAGAACAUUCAUAUCAUUAUUUGGAUUAUAAUUUUAAAUCAGCAGAGAAGACUUCAUGGGAAGCAAAUAAGGUGACAUUACCAGAACAAAAGAUCUCUACAGUAAACCCUGUUUCUACUUUUUCUUUGAACUCGAGAGAUGACGACUUUGUGCUAGAAUUCUCUGAGGAGUCCCUGAAAGAAAGAACUUUACCUGUUAUCAAAAAAUCCAGUUCUCUGGAGAAUAACUUUCAAAGGCUUCCAUUAGUAAGUAGAACCCGAGUUCCACUUAUUACCUUGCCACCUGCUGAAAAGUCACCUGAUUUAGAUUCUUGUUCAUACGUGGUCAACUGUGAUAGGCAAGAAUCUUCUGGUUCCACCCCCAUAUUCAACUUGUGUGAAGAAUCAGGAGUUCUUUCUUUCAGCUUUGGGCUUGAGGACCAAAGUGAAACUUCCUUCUGUAAAGAAUCUAGAGAAGUGACUCCAGGGAACGUUUUACUUCUCAAUAAUGUAUCUACUCAAAGCAAGUGGCUGAAAUAUCAGAACAUACCCCAGUGCAACUUGAUUACUCCAAACAGAGUCGAUAAGAAAGUAACAGAUGGCUUCUCUGCUAAGGUUAUUUCUGGGACACAUUUUAGUGACAUAGGUGAAAGACAGAAUGAUGCUGUAAAUGAAAGCUGUUUAGACUCUAUGCAUUUGCAAAUGUUAAAAGGCACGCUCCAUCAACAGCAACAGGAUUUUAGCAGUCAAGAUUUGGUUUCCAGGAAGAAAACACUCUCUUUGAAUUUAAAGCAGACUUCCAAGACUGAAAAAAUUCAAAACAUGUUAGGAGAGUCAGCCUGCUACAUCUACAGUGUAACAGGAGAAUUACAGGAGAUAAAUGGCUCUGAGCUAUGCUUCCCAAUUGGGCAGAAUAUAAAAUCUGCUUAUCUUCCCCAAAGGCAGAUUCAUAUACCAGCUGUUUUUCAGUCUCCUGGUCAUUAUAAGCAGAUUUUUACAUCUUGUCUUAUAGAGCAUCUAAAUAUAUUGCUGUUUGGGUUGGCACAGAGGUUGCAAAAAGCUCUUUCAAAAGUUGACAUAUCAUUUUACACAUCAUUAAAGGGAGAAAAACUGAAAAAUGUAGAAAGUAAUGUGCCGUCCUGCCAUCAUCAUCAACCUGCAAAACUUGUUAUGGUUAAAAAGGAAGGUCCAAAUAAGGGUCGUCUCUUUUAUACCUGUGAUGGACCCAAAGGUGACCGAUGUAAAUUUUUCAAGUGGCUUGAAGAAGUGACCCCAGGAUAUUUAACACAGGAAGACUCUCGACCUAGCAUGGUUUUAAGUGAUAUAAAGAGCAUUGGCCUGUAUUUAAGAAGUCAAAAGAUACCCCUCUUUGAGGAAUGCCAGCUUUUGGUGAGAAAAAGAUUUGAUUUUCAAAGAAAACAGUAUGGCAAACUAAAGAAGUUUACUACUGUAAAUCCUGAAUUUUAUAGUGAACCUAAAAGCAAACUUUAUCUUAAGCUGAGUCGGAAGGAAAGUUCUUCAACUUACAGCAAAAAUGAUCUUUGGGUAGUUUCAAAAACCCUGGACUUUGAAUUGGAUACUUUUAUUGCAUGUAGUGCUUUCUUUGGACCAUCAUCUAUCAAUGAGGUAGAGCUACUACCUUUGAAAGGUUAUUUCCCUUCUAACUGGCCCACUAAUGUAGUGGUCCAUGCAUUGUUGGUUUGUAAUGCUAGCACAGAGCUGACCACUUUGAAAAACAUUCAGGACAACUUUAACCCAGCUACUCUACCUCUAACACAGUACUUGUUAACAAUGUCUUCAUCAACUAUAGUUAGCAACAAGAGAGUGAAUAAGAGAAAAUUCAUCCCACCAGCCUUCUCAAAUACCAACACAAAAUUUGAACUUCUCAGCCUAGAAGCAACAUUGCAGUUAGCUAGUGAAUUAAUUCAGGCUCACAAGUUAAAUAAGGAUCAAGCUACAGCUUUAAUUCAGAUAGCUCAAAUGAUGGCAUCCCAUGAAAAUGUUGAAGAAAUGAAACUGCAAAUCCAUACCCUCCCUAUCACGAUCAUACACGGUGUUUUUGGAGCAGGAAAGAGUUAUUUGCUGGCAGUGGUGAUUUUGUUUUUUGUACAGCUGUUUGAGAAGAGUGAAGUUCCUACCGUUGGAAAUGCAAGACCAUGGAAACUUCUCAUUUCUUCUUCCACUAAUGUAGCUGUGGACAGAGUACUUCUUGGGCUUCUCAGUCUUGGAUUUGAAAAGUUCGUCAGAGUUGGGAGUGUCAGGAAGAUUGCCAAGCCAAUUUUACCUUAUAGUUUGCAUGCUGGCUCAGAAAAUGAAAAUGAACAACUAAAAGAACUACAUGCACUAAUGAAAGAAGACUUGACUCCUCUGGAAAGGGUCUAUGUCAGAAAAAGUAUUGAACAGCAUAAACUGGGGACCAAUAAAACCCUGCUGAAGCAGGUACGAGUAGUUGGAAUUACCUGUGCAGCCUGCCCAUUCACCUGCAUGAAUGAUCUUAAAUUUCCUAUAGUUGUGCUGGAUGAAUGUAGUCAAAUAACUGAACCGGCCUCUCUCCUUCCUAUUGCAAGUUUCAGGUGUACAAUACAGGAUAGAUACUCAGAAGUGCAAAAUACCCUGGAUCAUAGAGGGCAUAAGCCAGUUCUGUUGAGAACCCAGUACCGUUGUCACCCUGCAAUCAGUGCUAUCUCUAAUGAUCUGUUUUAUGAAGGAAACCUCAUGAAUGGCAUUUCAGAAACAGAGAGGAGCCCUUUAUUGGAAUGGCUCCCAACCCUGUGUUUCUAUAACGUUAAAGGACUGGAACAGAUUGAAAGAGAUAACAGCUUUCAUAAUGUGGCAGAAGCUGCUUUUACACUCAAGCUGAUUCAAUCACUGAUUGCAAGUGGAAUAGCAGGCUGUAUGAUUGGGGUGAUAACAUUAUACAAAUCCCAGAUGUACAAGCUUUGUCAUUUACUUGGUGCUGUGGACUUUGACCAUCCUGAUAUUAAAGCUGUGCAGGUAUCCACAGUAGACGCUUUUCAGGGAGCUGAAAAGGAGAUCAUUAUUCUGUCCUGUGUAAGGACAAGACAAGUAGGAUUUAUUGAUUCAGAAAAAAGAAUGAAUGUUGCACUGACCAGAGGAAGGAGACAUUUAUUGAUCGUGGGAAAUUUAGCCUGUUUGCGGAAAAAUCGACUCUGGGGACGUGUAAUCCAACACUGUGAAGGAAGGGAAGAUGGAUUACAACAUGCAAGCCAGUAUGAACCACAGCUGAACCAUCUUCUUAAAGAUUAUUUUGAAAAACAAGCAGAAGAAAAACAGAAGAGAAAGAAUGAAAAAGAUAAAUCUAAAGAUAAAUCUCAUUCACAAAAAGACAUGGUAUAGAUAAUUUGUAUUUAUAGAAAUUCAAAUUCAUUUUACACUAUACAUUUUUUGUAUUUUUUAAUUACCCUAAAACCUUGUUAUUGAAAAAACCUUUAAAGUAUUUAAAUAACAUUAAAUAACCACGUAUAAAAAUUUUGCUUUUCAAGAAAAUAUACAUACUUAUAUUUAGAUAGGCAGAUGUUGAAGGUAAUAUAAAAUCUUACUAAUAAAAAUAAUUUUUUUUCUAAAAAUUAUGGCUUCUGUUUGCUAAAGGAAUAAAUUUUACAAAGGG